AAUACAGUGUAGUGCGCUCUUGAAGAAAAACACAAAGGCUGAGGUGGUCUUGCAAUUUUGGGCUUUUUCACCUGAAAAACUCGAGCAGUGUGUGCUGAAAAGUGUGGAAAAAUGCUCAAAAGUGCUUUCUAGAGAGGUUUGUGAUACACCAAUGAUGUUCUAGAGAGGUGAAUUGUGUGAAAAUUGAUGGGAAAUUAGUACACAUCGAGUCAGCGAUCAAUAUAAAGUGCAAAUAGGAGUGUGUGCGAGUCAUAUUGCAUAAAGAGUGUGUGUUGCGAGACGUAAGUAGUGUGGAAAUGUGCGUAGAUUUUGUAAGUGUGUGUGUGAAUGAAUGAUGGGGAGCCUCAGCAGCUGCCACGGAAAAAAAUACCUUCAAUUUUUCCUAGUAAAAUCCCAUCGCAAAAUAAUUCAUUUUGCCCAGAAAUUGUAUGAGUCCAAUGACAAAAUUACGCCUGGAUAUGGGGGAGGCUCCCGUUCAAAAUCCGGAAGUCUCGAGCUGAAAAUGCCCAUGAGCAAUGGCGCUGUGUGCAAAAAAUGGGGUGGGGUUUGAUGUUUAUUUCAUACCGUCGUCGUAGUCCAAAGAAAGUGAUUUCACGUCGUAGAGUGAAAUGGAUCAAUAGCAAAAAUUUCGUUUUUACUUAAUGCCACGAGCAUAAAUUACCAUGCAUCAUCUUUACUCUCUCUUCCCCAAAAAGCACCCACACGAUGUUCCAUGGAGCAAAAUUUUCUGUUCACAAUUUGUUGGACAGAAAAUGGCGACCCUGAUUGUGUAGGAACGGAACAAAAAAAAAAACAAGAGGCCCCAUCAGCAAUCUCAGCUGUUUUUGCCCAAUGAUUCCAACUCUCUGGGCGAGACAAUAAACAUUACAGUAAGUGUCUACACCCGAACACAUCCUCCAUCGGAGUGACCUUUUGCAAAAAAAAAAAAUUGUUCAGUCUCUGUGCAAAAUCCAUGGGAAGUCAAUUUUCAGUUGCUAUUUGCAUUUUUACCAAAUUCACUUCCUACCGUGAAAAUCCCAAGGAAGCCUUUUUCCCAGCGGUCUCCGCUGUCUGAAGAAAAUCCCAGCUAUUGUAUUUCCGGGAAGCUGGUCACUCCAAGGGCUUCAUCUGGUUUUCCAGAGAGUGCUACGCAAUUCCGAUGCCCAUCUGUGUUUGUGAGUAAUCUAAGCGGGUGGUUUAAUUGACGAAAAAAAAACAAGACGUUUGUGAAGAAAGACAAAAUAUGAAUUCCAAUCAUACGGGAUCAUCUAGGCGUCCAUAUUCACGUGGGGCUGCACCUAGAAAUCGUUCCAGAAUACCAUUUUCAUCCCACCCUCACUCGCAACGCAACCAUAGUCAUGGCCAGUGGUAUAAAGACAUGGAGCCGUGCUACAAUCACGGUGCUGGACCUAGUCAAUCGGAUAGACGCAUGGGGAUGUCUGAUCGGCGACAUACAAUGGGAGCCGCGUCAUUGGAUCAUCAGCGACAUUCGAGUUCUCGCAGUGGAGACCUACAUAUCGAUGCCAGAUCGGUUGAUGGAGGAGCUGGUGGUGGAGGUGGUGCUGGUCCCAGAAAUCCAAACAGGGAUCGCAUUAGUCCUCAUCAUCACUAUCAAAAUCAACAUCAGCAUCAAAAUCCGUACUGUCCGGACAAUAGCAUUAAAUCGGACAGUCCAUCGAGGAAGCGGAGGCGUGUUUCGCGGAUGCCAUCGCAGUCUCCGCCGGCUGUUUGGGAGCAUCAUCGAUCACCACGGAGUCAGCAGCAGACACAGAUGGGACAACAGGGCUCACCACCAAUUCGAAGGGCUCGCUUGAGAGAUCAACAGCGUGCUUGGGAUUCUCUUCCGUCGAUCUUUCAGCAGGCACCAUCGCCACAGCACCAACCACCACCGCUCAUGGUGGACAUCAAUCAAGUGCCCGUGAGUCUGCCGCUGCGCCAUGAGCCACUGUGGACCUAUUCGACCACUCCCCAUAUCUCCGUGUGCUCGCCACCGCCUCACAUUCCCCAGUGCAUGUACUCACCACCACCGCCGCCCUUUGCGCAAUCCUGCGGAAUCGGCAACCACCAUCAUCAUCAUCAUCAUCACCAUUUCAGCGGAUUUGCCUCCACUGCAGCCCCCAUGGCUGUGCCCCAACAGCCUCACUAUCAGCAUCCUCAUAUUCCGCAGCAGCGACCGGAUGGAAUCACUCUUGAUCCAAUGGAUCACCAAACCCAGAUGCACGUGACCCCUCUGGCUGCUGCUCAUCAUAUACAUUCCUCAUCGCAAAUGGCCCAAGUAUCUCCGCCACCGCCCAUCUUUAUCUCCACGGAGAACAGGUCGCAUCAGCAGAUUGAACUGCUGCACCGGACAGCGAGACGGUCCAUAGCCCCACCGAGGCGCAAUUAUACGCGUCUCCAUUGGCCCCCGCAGCCUCUGUCACAUCCACAUGCUCACCGACACACCAUCCAGCAUCAAGCGCUGGGCUCCCACCAGACUCCCAUGCCACUCCAGGCCACUUCCGCCUACUCGGGCAUCCUGCUCAACUUCCUCGCCAUGUUCCCAAUGUCUCCAUAUGGGCAGCCAGAGCUCAAUUCCCCAGACUCACCCGAGACGGAAAAUUACGAGGCCCUGCUCAGUUUGGCUGAACGUUUGGGUGAGGCUAAGCCACGCGGUCUGGCCAGACCUGAAAUUGAUCAGUUGCCCAGUUACAAGUUCAACGCUGAGACACAUACAGGUGACCAGACAUCGUGUGUUGUUUGCAUGUGUGACUUCGAGGCACGCCAAAUGCUGCGAGUUCUGCCAUGUUCUCAUGAAUUCCAUGCUAAAUGUGUUGACAAAUGGCUGAGAUCAAAUCGAACGUGCCCUAUUUGUCGUGGUAAUGCUUCAGAUUACUUUGAAAGCAGUGAAGAGCAAUAAAUUUUCAAAUAACAAAAUUAUAUAUUUCAUACACUUAAAAAACAAAAAAAAAUCAGAAUGAAAAGUAAGUUGUAAUCUGUUGGAGCUCUAAAACAAGUUGGUCCGAAAGUUUGUAACACUUGCAAAUUACCUAAAAAAAAAUGCAAAGUCUGUUUUCUUCUCCUGCCAUCAAAUUAUUCUUAUAAAUAUAUAUGUAAAAAAAAAGUCUAAAUUUCUUGCAUGUACUCUUAAAAAAAAACAAAAUGAUUAAAAAAAAUCGUGGUGAAAAGAAUAUGAGUAACAAUUACAGUGUGUUUGCAUGAUAGGGUGAUGUGUAAUCGUAAUUAAAAAGAAAAAAAGGCGGAAGAAAAGAGAAGAUAAGAUCUUUUUGGGAAAAAAGAGAUAGUGUUAACUGGGUGUUGAAAAAUUCGCUUCUUUUCAAUUAUCACGGAAAACAAAUAUUGAACAGAGAUGAAAAAAAAUUUUAUCGUUUGGGAAGAAAAUAAAAUUUGUAUCAUAACUUGAUCAGUAAAAAAAAAUCAUGUAAUCUCGUAAAUGUCAGAAAUGUGAAAAAAUUGUUGUUUCAUGUGUUUCUAUAAAAGGUAAAUUAAUCUAUGUGAGAGUGAGACAGAUGAGAAAUAAAACAACUAUGAAUUAGGAAUUAGAGAAGUAUAAAUGGUUAAAUAUAGGGCUUCAGUAUUUUUGCAAUUUUACAUUUAAACGCUGAAAAGAGUUGAAAAGGUGUGAACAAGAAACAAUUUAAAUGGAAUUCUUUCGCUAUUUUUUCUGCUACAGACUUUUGCGAAAGUGAAUUUUUCUUAAGGGUGUAAUUUUCCAGUGCCAUCCUCUUUUCACAAAACAGUGUCUUCUUCUUUUUUCCAACAAUAUAAACUUGAGAAAGAAAUUUUGAAAAGGAAAUUUAGACUCCCUCACUUUCACACGACAUUUUUUGAUUUUUGUAUUUGGCAUGAAUACAGCAUAAAAGACCAUUUGAGUAAGCCUCGCAAUAAUUGAUUUGUCGUUCGACUUUGAGAAAUUUUUGAGGUUGAGGUGAUCCGAUUUUGAGGUGUUCCGAUAGGAAAGAUAGAAGCCAGAAUAGCUUCCAAAGUUUAUCUGGACAACUUUUCAUUGGAACUGAUUUUUUUCAGCAUAAAAAGCAGCUCUUUUACGCUCAUAUUCCGAACUUUACAGGUUUACGGGAUUCUUUAUCAUUGCCUUUAAUUAAAAAAAAAGAGUUUAAAAGAAUUCAGAAAAAAUUCUCAAAGACACAAAAUUGAGGUAUUCUAAAGUAGAAAAAAUUGGAUAAUCUCGAAGCUGAGUAAAUUUUUAUACUGCCCCGUGUAAUUUUUAUUUUUGAAGAUAUUGGAUGGAUAUCUUUUUACCCGAAAGUGUCACUACACUGAGAGAAAUCCGAAAAAGUUAAAAUAAUAUUCCGGAAAUGUUUAUUUUACCCUGCAGUAUUGAUCCGAAAUCGGUGUAAAUAUUAUGCUUUUUAGGUGUAUUAGGGGUUAAAGUUACCCUUUUUCAUGUUAAUUUUACCCUUAAAAAGAUGUAAAAUUAACAUUAAAAAAUGUUGAUAUAUUUUUACACAUCAAAAGUGAUAAAGUUAUAAGGAAAAAAAGUUAAUCGCAUCCCCUUUUUUCUCAGUGUACCUUUUAAAAAUCUUAAUUCUGAUGUCUGAGAAUUUGGAAUGGAAAUAUAAAAUAUGUGCUAUUGCUUCCAAACUCUCUCCAAAAUUUCUACAAGUUGAGGUAACCGUUUACAUCCAACUUGGCAAGAUGUGAAUUUAGCCAGUAUCCUAUAUAUUCCUAUAAAUUCCCUCACUUUUCGUCUGUUAAAAUUUAAUAAGAGUUGAGAUCUAUUUCAAACAUCUGCUACAGUCUUGGAUUUUAUUCCAAGGAGCUGUAGGGGUAUGUGGGCAUAUUUCGCACGCAAAAAGCCUUUAAAAGAUGCGAAUUUCCAUUAAAGCGCUUAAGAUCAACCUCAUGUGAAAUAUACUGAGAAAAAAAGAGGGUGCGAUUAACUUUUUUUCCUCUUAACUUUAACACUUUUUAGGUGUAAAAAUAUAUCAAAAUUUUUUAAUGUUAAUUUUACAUCUUUUUAAGGGUAAAAUUAACAUGAAAAAGGGUAACUUUAACCCCCAAUACACCUAAAAAGGGUAAUAUUUAUACCGUUUUUGUAUCAAUACUGCAAGGUAAAAUUAACAUUUCCAGAAUCUUAUUUUAACUUUUGCGGAUUUCUCUUAGUGUAACCAAUCGGGGUGAAAUUGAGUAAUUUGGAACCAUUUCCAAUUUGGAAUAUUUGAGAUUGCGUCACUGUUUCAGAUAAGCAAACAGAAAAAGAUGACCACGGCGUGGGAUAUGAGUACACACAGAAAAAUUUUGACACUAAAUUCAAGAAAUUUCUUGAAGAAGAGAAGAAGAAAUUUGACGUGACUUCACGAAGCAUUUAAGUUUAGAAGCUCUGAGUAAAUGAAAUGGACUAGUAAAUCCCUACAUUUUCACGCUAAGAGAUCGGGAACUUAAGUUCAGCAUUAGCUGAAAAAUGAAAAAUGUUUUGAAACUUAAAAAUUUCAAUUGAAACUAAAUGAUUAAGAUUUCAGAACUAGGUCAUUUGCAUACGCAUCGGAUGGGAUUUGCGUUUCUGUUUAAGAAUUUUCCAUUUUUCUGUGUCUAAAGAAAAAAAGGAACAGCUUUUAUACGUGCCUUUCUUCUUUUGCACAUCUAACACUUUAAGGAAAUCCCAAAAAUUCAAAAUGGAAAUGGUUCCAAAUUAUCCCAUCAGUGAGAAAAAAACGGGGGUGCGAUUAACUUUUUUUCCUCAUAACUUUAACACUUUUUAGGUGUAAAAAUAUAUCAAAAUUUUUUAAUGUUAAUUUUACAUCUUUUUAAGGGUAAAAAUAACAUGAAAAAGGGUAACUUUAACCCCCAAUACACCUAAAAAGGGUAAUAUUUAUACCGUUUUUGUAUCAAUACUGCAAGGUAAAAUAAACAUUUCCGGAAUGUUAUUUUAACUUUUUCGGUUUUCUCUCAAUGAUUCUAUCACACUUCUUUUGCAAACAAAGAAAAAAAUACUUGCUUUGAAGGAUUAUUACGCGCGAACCUUGUCUAGAUCCCCCUAUGCUCUAUUCCUAUAAUAUCCGAAGAACGGGUCCACAACCAAAAGUCCUGUUGUGCACCAAUUUUUGAAUUUGCGAUCCAGAUAAUUAAGACGAUUAAGAUUUUUGAAAAUAGGGCUCUUAAAAGCAAAUUCUAAGGACAUCCUGCAGUUGUUCAGCCAAUUUUUAGAAGAAUUGGGGGUAAGGACCCAAUUAGACUGACUAAGGCUGAUCCUCGAAAAUAUUUAGCCUGUAAAAUUCGGCAGUAAAGAUUUAUCUGAAACUGCUGUCACACAUUGAGAGCUUAUUAUCAACCAUUAGAGGUCCUUCGCAUAAGUUUUCUUUGUUAAAUUAUUUACUACCAAAUUUCACAAGCGCCAAAUUUUACCGAUUUAGUUGUAAAACCUAGCUCUAAAUACGCGUGGAGUUUCCUUCCUUGCUCCCACAAUCUAAUGUAAUUCUGAUUGAGUUAGUUAUCAGGAAUUGCAUAUCGUUCUUUAUCUCGACGGUUGUUGUAUCUGCGUUUAUUUUGUAUCAGAAUUGGCAUCAUAAUUGCAAACAUCAUAAAGUAGAAUUUUUAUCAAAUGUUGAUAUAAAAUAAAUACAGAUACGACAACGGCCCACACAAUCGAUGAUAUCUUUCGGAGUAAAACUAUCUUUACGACAUAAAGCACAUUUGGAAGAGCAAAUUGCGCAAAUUGGACCGAACACCAAAUUCUAAAACUAUAUAGACGACUAAGUCGAACAACUUGAUAUUUUUUUUUACAAAAAUCAUUUUAUUCGCUUUUUGGAGACUUCUUUAUACCUUCUACCUUCCCCGUGAAUAUUAUACUUGAAAGAUAAUUAUUUUCAAAGUUACGGAGAUUUUAAAUCUCAAUAAUCCUAUACUCUGCAUGUAAAAUCUCAGCUUCAAAUCGCUCUCUUGUAAAUUAUUGCCUUGCGAGUUAUUCGUUUCGUAUUCUGAGCGAUCGAUAUGAUCACAUAUAGGCGCAAAUACAAAGUUUUGGACAAAUAAACAUUUUUAGACCUAUCAACUAGCAAGAUGAAUAGUAUAAACAAACGCACAAAAUUUCUGUUCCAAACGAACUAUAUUUACUCCUUUUUCUCUUUUUUCGUACCGAAACAUAUCCAGUGAGCCAAUAUCAUAUCAUUGCUCAGGAAUUAAUCAAGAUUUUGGAUGAAAUAUCCUAGUUUUUGACAACCUUUUUUAUCGAUUUUUGGGAUACUUAAUAAUUCAAAAAAAUUUGUUGUCCUAAAAUAUCCAUAUUUUUCCUUGGGUACUCAGAGUCCCAAAAGAUACGAAAAUGAAUCACCUAAUAUACCUUUCAAAUUAACCGAAUAGAAUUUUUAAAAGGACACUUUUAAUUAUUUACUGGCCAAGGCUACUGAAACUGUGUAAUAUUUUGGGAAGGAAGUACCUAUCUCUCACAUUCUUAUUAUUUUCUACUCUCACUAUUGCCUAAUUUCUAAAACUAAUUGGCUGCUAAUAUGGAAAGCAAUUGCAGAAGAAAUUCAUUUUUUGAAGUGACGAAAUUGUCAGUCUCAUAUCCUGUGGACGUAAGGGAAAGAAAGGUAUCUUAGAACUGGGUACCUGCUAAAAUAGAGCUCCUUUGUUCUAUUUUUUUUUAAAUGAAAAUGAACCAAAAUAAUUUCAAGAUUUCUCCUCAAAAUCUUCAAAUUAACUUUUUGUUUCUUUAGUUCAAAAUUGAAGGCUGAUAUCUCCUUUCUACGAAAUAUACGCGGUGUACUUUUAUAUUUCAUGAUGAUCAUGGGAAUGAUUAAUUUUUAAAAUAUCAUUGGUACUCUAAUUUACUACUUCUGAAGACCUUUAGGCGACAUUGAUUCAGGAGUACGGUUUACUCAAAAGGUCAUGCUUAACCUGCCAAAUACAUAAAGAACAAGAUCAAAAGAAACGUUGCAAAAAAAUGAAGGUAUGCCUAAAAAUGAUACAGCCUAACCCAAUACAUUAGUUGAAGUAAAUGUGCCAUUUUCUAUGAGUAUCUAAGGUUAAAGAAAAAUAGUUAAUAAUUAAUUAGAGUUUAACAGAAAUCACAAUUUCUUAAAGGAAACUACCACUAAAAAAAUGAUCUUUUAAUUUUAAUAUUACUUUCACGUAGGACUUUUGUUGAAUAAGAAACAAUGAUUAUAUAGGCCACCACGUAUUUUGAGUAAAGUAUAAAUCCUAAAACUGAUAAAAUAUUUGAAGGAAAAAAAAGUAACUCUGGGUGAUAAUCUUUUUUUUUAUAGUAAUAAUGUUCUUUCCAAAAACGCUUUUUUCUAACACUGGAUGAGGUAGUUGUGUAAGUUUUUUAAGAAAGAUAUUUUUUUUCUCUAAAAUGACAUUUUUUGUGAAUAAAAUACAAUGGUAUGAAGCUUUUUUUUUGGGUUAUUGAGACAUCUAGCCUACAUUAGUUUCUCUUUUUUUUGUGUAAUUUGGUAAUUCUUAACAAAAUAUAUUUGUUAAACAAAGAUUUGAGAAGAAUUAACAAAUCAAGUGGGAAAAUAAUUAUCAAAUUUCAUUGGUAAUCUCAUUUAAUAGCUUUAAUCUAAUGUUAUUUCACUUUUAGUUACAUGUUUUAUUACAAAAUACCCUUUCUUUUUUGCUAUUAUUGUAUUUUUAGCAUUAUUAUUAUUAUUAUUAUUAAAAAAUCAUUGAAUAAAAACAAAAAUUAGUUAUUGCAAUUUAUUUCAUAGAAUUUGUGUUACUUCCAAAAUUAUAUUAUAUUUUUUAGACAAAGGAAAAAAAAAACAGAAAAUAAAACUUUCAGCAUUGUUUUUUAUAGACUUAUUAACAAUUUGUGUUAUUUUUUUUUGCGUUUUCAUCUACUUGUUUGUGUCUCUUUCUUUGGGCAUUCUCUGGUUUUUUCUUUCUGUAUGUUCUUCACAUACUAAAAAAAACAUCAAUAGGAUUUUGCAGAGUAGCACUUGUAUUUACUACUAUGAUACUUAGAAGUAUGAUUGUGUAAUUGAUAAUGAAAUAAUUCUUCCUUUUCUUGUAUACUUAAAAAGCAGCAGAUUUAAUGGUGACGAUUUCUUCUGACUUGUGAGCACAGACUGCAGCAUAUCAAGUGUAUUUUUUCUUUAAACUUUAGAAUAAUAUCAAAAGGUUUUUUUUCAUUCUUACUUGUUUUUUCUUAUUUACGAUGAAUGCUUCAUGUGAAAUUUGUAAGUUAUUUAAUCUAAUAUAUGCGAUUUUGGCACCAUCUAUGAUGAGUUAACAAACUUCAAUUGUUCUUGCAGAAUAAUAAUUUGCACUUCAACAUUUCGUAAAAGAAACUAAUCGAAUGAGAAAGUUCAGAGGUUUAAUAAAUACAAAUAAAGUUCGUCAAAAUAUUAAGGCAUUAAUGAUUUCUGAACUUAUUACUUUUGUUAUGUAAAUGUGUUUUUGAACUUUCGUACAUGAUACAGAGAGAUGACUGAAACUAUUUAUCUUUCUCUGUUGAAUUUUUUAAAAUUAAUUCUGUGGAGCAAUGAAAUUUCGGGAAUUCUAGAUUAAUGAUGCUAUUCCAAGGGAACAUGAAAAUGUUUUUUUAGCAUUUUACUGUUCCCAAGUGUCUCUACAUUAUCGACUUUUCUUUAUAUUGGUUCCUGUCUCGACUGUUUUUUACAGUCUUCGGCGUGUUCUAAACUAUCAAACAGUCAUGACAGCAACCAACACACAGUGCUGUCUCUCUAUAUGCAUAGUUUGGGUACUUUUUUUGACAGUUCUCUCUCUGAAUAUGCACAACAUUAUUUUUGAAAUUCCUGUUUUUUUUCUUUUAAUAAAUUUUUUUUUCUAGAAUUUCUCGUGCUAUUUUAACGAUUAUAUGAGACAGACAAAUAAAAUUAAGAAAAUUAAAAACGAGAAAAAUUAGUUAUCAAGAAAAUAAUUUUCUUUUUUACUUUGUCAAAAUGUAAACAAAUUGAUUUUGAAUGCAACCGACACAAAAGCUGUGCAUCGUCACGUUAUGCAUAUAGAGAGACAGCACUGUAUGUACUUCUGGUUGACGACCGUAUGAAUAUUUAAGUCAAGUCAAGGUGAGAGUUCGGUCUAUUUUUCUUCUUUCAAUUUAUUUUUAUCAGCCAACGUUUCGAUUCUGGAUGGGAUCUUUUUCAGUGUAUCAAAAAUCUGAGAGAACAAUUAUCAGGCAAUUUUUAGGACUCAUCCAGUGGAGUUUUCCACUAGUAAUGGAUGAGGAAGUGUUGAAAGAGGAAUUGGUGGAAAAGUAGUGCUCCUAAAAAUUGCUUGAUAAUUGUUCUCUCUCAGAUUUUUGAUGCCCUGAAAAAGAUCCCAUUCAGGAUCGAAAGAUUGGCUGAUAAAAAUAAAUUGAAGAACGAAAACUAGACCGAACUCCCACCUUGACUUGCCUUAAACAAACUAAUACAUAGUAGCACUUGAGAACAGUCAUGUACUAAAAAAAAUUGUUAAUGUUUCAAUGGAAUAGCACCAUAAUACUUUUCUACAUCUAAUUUUAAAUAUUUAAUAUUGUAAAAUAUUUUUAUUCCAUUAUGAUCUCUGAUUGGAUGGAGCUUUACGUAUUAUGAAUGCUUUCAUACUUUGACGAUUAAGAUAACACGAUAAAACAAUAAUGUUCAAUAGGAUUAAAUAUCCAGUACUUUAAUCAUUAUCCAAAUGUAAUUAAAUAUUUAAUCUUUAAAAAUAUUCCGUCUCAUCGUGUUUUCUGAUUGGCUAGAUCUUUAAAGCUUUAAAAGUCUUUCGCCGAUCAUACAUUACAUUCAAACUAAAAGAUUUUAUGAAAAUUCCUUGAGGAUUAGCAUGUUUUUUUACAAAUUUUUAUAUUGGAAAACUUGACACAUUUUCCCUAUUCUUGUUCUUAAUAUUGUUUAUGCUUACCAUCUUAAAGACUUUCAUUCUAAAUUUCAAACUUCAAUUCCACAUUUGAUAUGCCGCAGUGUACAGAGAAAUAUUUUGGUUUAACAAUGUUUUUUUGGCUUGAGAUUUAGUUUGAUAUAUAGAAACGUGUGUGAGAUGUGCCUUUUAUACAUUGUACAAUUUCGUGUGGCCACAUUUUGUUAGUGAAGAGAUAAACAAGAUGGGAUAAAAUAUGAUGAAGAAAAAAAAUCUGCAAAAAAAAGCACCUCUGUAUUAGGAUAACAUUUUAUCAUAGUCUCAACCGCUUUUGUACCUCAAUCUCCGUAUAAAAUAGUGUAAUUUUGUGCAGCCUCUAGUCGAGUGAAGUAGAUAUUCGUGAGUGUGUCCACACGUCCCUCCCGUGUUUUUCUCAGUGGAAAACAAAGAAAAACUAUUUUGCAUUUUUGAAAAUCCAUACAAAAUAGAUAUCUCCAAUUUAUCCAGAAACCAAUAUUUCUUUAACAUUUUCUUCCUGCAAAAUAAAGCAAUUUAAUAAUAGACAACAAAAAGAAACUUUUGCAAAAUGCCAAGAAAAUAAGUGUGUGUUAGCUAUUUACUAUAUUGUCAAAUUAAAUAAUUAGGAAAGGCAGACAAAAAUGGUAACAACAAUCAAAUCGACGAAAUAAGAAGAUGCACAAACAUUUGCUCAUUUUUAAAUGAUGAACUCAAUGUCCUUUACUUAGCGUCAUUUAAAAUAAAACACAUAAUGCAUGUAAACAAGUAGAGAGAGAGAGAAAAAAAGUGGAAAAAAUGGCAGAAUAACACUAUAUUUAAUACUAAAUGACAAAGAAAGAAAAUAUAACUAAAAAUAAAAUCAAAAAGAAGCAAUAUAACAUAUUAGACAUUCUUCAAGUCUUCUUAUAAAACUGCAAAAAAAAAACAAAGAGAAACAAAAAAAAUAGCGUAUCUGGGUGUAUGGAAAACAGUAAUAAAACACAAAUCAGGAUUAACUUCUUGUUUUUUUUUCUAACACCGUCGUAUUGUUUUAGUUCUUGAUAUUUUUAGAGUAUCGUGUUUGCGUAUUGCCAAAAGAAAUACAGAAUAAUAUACAUGUAAUAGAUUUUCUUGUAAGAGAUGUAGAAAUAAAAACACUACAGCAAUAGAGAAAAUG